AUGGCGGAAGCGUCGCCGUCGAGGAAACCGGCGGCGCUACUGGAGCUGGAUCUUGCGCUGUCGGGUCAUGUUCGAGUCGCGCUCACUCCCACUCGCUCGCAGAAGAAACGUCGUGGCAGGAAGCCACUCAAACAUCCAGAGACCGAGUACAUGUCGGCGUCUCCAGCAGAGCUCAACGCAAUGCACAAGAUCCGCAAGCUGCACAAACGACAGGAACAGGAACAAGUUCGUACAGCUAGACAGAGAUUCGUACCCGACAGCGAGGACGAAGAGGCUUCUACAGCUUCUUCAUCAUUGCGCUUUGUGACGCUCCCACCAAAGCUCAUAACGAGCAAGUCCGAAGGACGAGCUAAUGCCCUACCAAGUCGAAGGAGACAAUUACAACAACAACAAUUGCAUCUUCAUCCGUCUAGACCCAUAGCUCAAACUAGAGAGCGAACCAACUCGACAGGAAAGCUGGUUCGAAAGUGUACUCGCAGCAAUAGAUCCCAGUCAUCAGCGUCGUCUAAUGCGAGUGAGGCUGCCGCCGCUGCGUUCGAGCAAGGUCUCAUGUCUUCUCAGACGUUCUCGACCUCUGCUGUACUGAGUGAUAAAGCUUUACUGACAGUAGCUCGACGAGCGAAGACGCAGCUUGAGAAUGUAUCGAAACGCUACGAAAUGCUUGGCAGAUGGAAGAGAAUGGCUCGAUCCAAACCGGAUUGUCAGGUGUUUGAGUCACUCAGUAAAGCGAAAGAUCAGUUCAGUGUCGUAGUCAAGAUGAACUUACCGUGUAGUCUACGAGAGAUCAUGAGUGUCUUCUCCACCGACAAGGAGGCCGAGUAUCAUCGCAGUAUGGAGGCAGUUUUCGGAGACCAAUACGUCUACGGCGUCAACGUCCGCAGUGUGGACUGCGCUCCAUACACGACAGAUGCCAAUGUGUUACAUGGACAACGUCGAGCUUCUGAACCUCCACUACGUCGCGUCAGUGAAGGAGCGAGUAUUCCACCGCUACACUCGGCCAAAUUGAAGCUCAAUGCCGUGUCUUUAAUGCAGAAACAUCGACUAGUAUGGAAGCAACGCAACAUGACAUUCUUGGACUAUCUGGAGGAGCAAAUCGAGGGAAAAUCGGUCACUCGAGUGCUGCAGACGAUGGAUAUGCAGGACCAAGAACUUGAGUUCAGCAACGUGACCAUGACGUCACCUACUGCGACGUCAAGUAGUCAGGAGAACUACUAUCCACCUCGUCAGCAUGGAGACGAUUUACACCAGGAGCUUAAAGGUAUUAUGGCCGGGUACGUCAUCCAGGAAGACUCAGAGGAGAAGAUGACGCGCGUCUUCUUCCACGCGACACAACGUCAUCGCUCCAGUCAGACGAAGAUGCCUCGCUCUGCUGUUCAACUCCUGCGUGCCAUGGUGAACAAGGUGUGUCUACUGGAGAGUGUGGUGCUGCGUCGUCGUCUAGGGUACUACCCGCUGUCUCGCCUGCCUUCUUCACAUGACGCAGCCACCAUGGCGUCCUACUGCGCGACGUGUUAUACUCCGUUCAGUAUGCUACGUAAGAAAUAUUUCUGUCGACUGUGUGGCCACUACACGUGUCGGAAAUGCUCCGACCUGCAAGAUGUCGAGAAAUCCGUGGGCAUUGUCGAGAAACAUCGCGUCUGUGUGUCUUGUGUGCGUCGUGUGAGCUACUGCGUCUUCAGUGCGUGUGUCUUCCCGCCCACUGUAGCGUCCAAUGUCAGUGGCAACAGCUGGACGUCAGCGAGGUCUCGACAAUUGACCGAGAUCGACAUGGAGGACGCGCCUAUCAUGGACGAUCUCGAGUCCGAGGAGCUGGAAGACGCUGAAGUUGUGCAAUGUGGAGCGCUGACCGGGUUUGUAUCGGAUUUCUUGCAUGGGAAGGACAAGAAACAGGAGCUGAAACGACAAGAACUCGCUGCGCAACGGAAGCAGCGACUGCAGCUCACUAUAGAUGACCUCGGGUCGUGGGCUCCAGGAGCGUCUCUCGACAGCCAGAGCACGCCGAAGGAGUCCAUUUCUCUCCUCGACAGCUUCUGCACGUCGCAUUCGUCGACCAGCUCACGCUCGAGGGAGUAUCCGUCGUGGCUGUCACCUACGCCAUUGGGAGCGUAA